CCCACAAAAAUGUUUACCGCCUAUUUUUCUCCUUCCCAACCCAUUCUCAAUAUGCCGGCCGGCAGAACGGGAAAAACUGGCAGGGAAUCACUCCUCCUGCCUUGUACACAUACUCAUCCGCCCCCAAGUCCCAACCGAUUCUCCCUGUCUCUCUCUUCUGCUGCUUCUCAAUCCCCAUCCCUCCCACGAACUGCUCUGCCUCCCUCCUCCCUCCUCAAAUUCCUUCCGAUCCGUCAGCAGAACGAGUCGACGGCUGGUGGCUACAUGAAAUGCGGAGUGGAGGACGCGGCCACCUUCAGGACCAUGGACCGAUGGACGACUCCGAGAAGCUGGCCGCGUUGAUUUUUUUUUUCUUUUUCAGGGUGACGACUGAGCUUUUCCCUAAGUUCUGCUACCUCCCAGCUCUAUGAUGGCGCUGCAACCAACACCAAGCUCGCUGCUCCUCGUUCCGUGUUGCUUUCCUUCGAUGGUUCUCAUUGAGCGAAGGGAGAGAUAGGAUCAGGCUGCGGCAGCCUCGUUGGCUUUGUUUUGAGCAUGGCGCGUUCUCUGCCUUGCAGAUCGGCGCCCAGAAGCCUGCUGUCAUUGUUCGCUGAACCACUGCUGCCCUUUUUCCUGGUGGCUGUGGUUGCAUGUUGCCUUGGUGGACGAGGAUAGCAGGCACCACAGCAGCAUCACAAGGCAAGGACAGUAGUAAAGUGAGGAACCUUGCAUAGGAGAGAAGAAUUCGUGAUCUCACCCAGAACAUGGCUACUCAAGGGACUAGAAGUGCGGAGGCCUCGGACGCCGCAUCAAAUUAUGAUCCAAAGACUGAUCCAAAGCGCAAACCGGGAAGGUCAAAUGAUCCUGGAUGGAAAUAUGCAUUUUGGCCGACUAUUGGUAAUAGAGAUCUCUUGCAGUGUUGCUUGUGUGAUAGAACUGUAACUCGAGGAAUUACAAGGCUCAAAGAGCAUCUUGUGGGUGGUUAUGGAGAUAUUAUGAAGUGUGCCAAAACCGCAUCAGCUAUUGCUCAGGAGAUGCAAGCUGCUUUGAAGGGAAAGAAGAGACCACUUCUGCUUGAUGAUGAUGGAGAGCUUCAAGGAGAAGAUGAUGAUGUGCUUGAUGUGACAGAGGAGUCCCAAGAUGCUUCUAGAAGCAUUGUGCAUCCUAGUUCAGGGACAGCUGCCAAAAGAAAACAAUCCAGCUUUUUGAAGUUUAGAGCACCAAAAGAGCCCAACACAAAGUCAGUCAGUUCAAUGAUUAGGAAAACUCCAAAAGAGGUUAUCGAAGAAAGACAUUCGAAGGGUCCUUCUCAGAUCAGUAUCCAAGCUAGCAUGAGGACAAAAGAAGAAAGAGAUGCUGUCAACUUAGAGUGGGCCGGGUUCUUUUAUGAGUGUGGCAUACCAUUCAAUGCCGCAAAUUCUAGGCAAUUUGAGAUUGCUAUAGAGGCCUCUGCACAAUAUGGUUCUGGGUACAAGCCUCCUACCUACCAUGAGCUUAGGGAGCCAUUACUCGAGAAGGUCGUUAAGGAAACAGAUGAUUUGAGGAAGAGGCAUGAGGAUGCAUGGAAGCAAUAUGGUUGCACAUUAAUGUCAGAUGGAUGGACAGAUAGGAGAGGGCACCAUUUGAUCAACUUCCUAGUCAAUAGUCUAGAGCGGACUUUCUUCUUAGAGUCGAUUGAUGCAUCAAGUGAAGUUCAUGAUCAAGUGAUGCUAGCUGAUUUGUUAGAGAAGAGAAUAAGCGACAUUGCUGUUGAUAAAGUUGUGCAAGUUGUCACUGACAAUGGGGCUAACUAUAAGGCAGCGGGCAAGCUUCUCAUGGAGAGGUUUCCUACACUUUAUUGGACACCUUGUGCUGCACAUUGCUUGGAUCUUAUGUUGGAAGAUGUUGGAAAGUUGAAGGCAUUCAAGAAGCCUAUCUCACGUGCCCGUCAUGUCACUACUUUCAUCUAUAGGCAUGGAAGACUUCUUAGUGCAAUGAGGGAGAAGACAGGUGGUAGGGAUCUUGUGAGACCAGCAGCAACUCGGUUUGCUACCACAUUUCUCACCUUACAAAGUUUGCACAAGCAUAGAGAUGCACUGAGAUAUCUGUUUACCUCUGAUGAUUGGACGAGUUGCAAACUAGCAAAGACAGAGGCCGAGAAAAAAGUGUAUGAUAUUGUGCUUUCUAGGGAAUUUUGGAACUCUAUUGAGGAUUGCCUUAGAGCUUCUCUACCACUUAUCAUUGUGUUGAGGGUGGUUGAUGGUGAUGAGAGGCCUGCCAUGCCAGAAGUUGCUUCUCUCAUGAAUCAUGCAAAAGAGAGGAUAAAGGCUGCCUUCUGUACUGAAAAUAAGAGAAGUUUGCUCAAUAAUAUCUUACAAAUUAUUGAGGGUCGUUGGGAUAGGCAAAUGGACACCCCACUCUAUGGUGCUGCCCUCUUUUUGAACCCAGGAAAAUUCUAUGCCAUCCAAAAAGAGAAUGAUGAAUAUGUUGGGCACCUAAGGGGUUGUUUCAAUGAUGUGCUUGCACGAAUGGUGGAAGAUGAGACCCUUCGAAACAAAAUUGAAGAACAAUUCAUGCUCUACGAAGAUCAACGUGGAGGCAUCUUCAAGAAUUGUAUGGCCCUCCAAACUAUGAAGUCAAAGAACCCUCUUGAUUGGUGGCGUGCGUAUGGUGGCCGAUCUAUUGACUUACAAAGAUUUGCUAAGCGUAUUGUUAGUCUUUGUGCUUCAUCAUCUGGUUGUGAGCGUAAUUGGAGCACUUUUGAAUUUGUAAGUGAAGUACUCAAGUUUCACAUUUCAAUUAGCAAAAUUAAUAAUACAUUUUUGUUAACUUUGCUUGCUUUUAUGGUUGCUUGUAGAUUCAUACAAAGAAGAGAAACCGGCUAGAGCAUAAAAGAUUGAAUGAUUUGGUCUAUGUUGCCUACAAUCGGAAAAAAUGACUAGUAGGUUCCAAAAACGCCGUGAGGAAGCGGGUAAAAGCUAUGAUCCUUUGGUUAUGGAAGACUUUGAUUGGGAAAAUGAAUGGGUUGAUCCAACGGUCCAACCUCAAAGUUCUAGUGCUUUGGACAUCACAUGGGACCAAGUUGAUGAAGCAAUUGGUGCAUCACAUGAGCUUCGAGGUCGUAACCUUCCUAGGACCUACGCUCGUCGUGCAAGACAUAUAUCAAGAGUGGUUGAAGAAGCAAGAAUGGUUGAAGAUGAUGAGGAGGAGGGAGAGGAAGAAGACAUCAUUGUGGAUGAUGUUGAUGUUGAUGAUUUUGGUGACAAACCAAUUGAUGCUACUGAAGAUGAUGCGGAGAACAUGGAUGCUU